GUGCUAGCUAGCUCGCUAGCCUGGCGGAAGCUGCCUCGGUCACUGCGGUUUAGGCGCAGUUUUAGUUGAAAUACUAUAGUUAAAUAAAAAUGGCUUUACUAACGCCGUUAUUCGCCUUUCUGUACCACCUCCCGCAGGUGUAUAAGUGGCUUCUGAAGCCCUAUUAUGUCGCGUCGCUCUUCAUGUCCAUAGCGUUCCUGGCUGUCCGAAAAACGCCCGGAGUCUGCGACCAUCUGUCCACCCAGAGAGAGGAUGGCAACUCCUGCGACUUCGACUGGAGAGAGGUGGAGAUCCUCAUGUUCCUCAGUGCCAUCGUAAUGAUGAAGAACCGACGAGCAAUAACUGUGGAGCAACAUGUGGGGAACAUUAUUCUGUUCAGCAAAGUGGCCAAUGUGAUCCUGUUCUUCAGACUGGACAUCAGGAUGGGACUGCUCUACCUUACGCUUUGCAUCGUGUUUUUAAUGACCUGUAAGCCGCCUCUUUACAUGGGACCAGAGUACAUCAAAUACUUAAGCGACAAAACUAUUGAUGAUGAGCUGGACAGAGAUAGUCGUGUGACGUGGAUCGUUGAAUUUUUUGCCAACUGGUCUCCUGAGUGCCAGUCUUUUGCUUCUGUCUAUGCCGACCUCUCUCUGAAGUACAACUGUAGUGGCCUCAAGUUUGGCAAAGUGGACAUUGGACGCUAUGGAGAGAUUUCCAAGAAGUACAAGGUGUCAGCGUCUCCACUAUCAAAGCAGCUUCCAUCCUUAGUGUUGUUCCAGGGAGGGAAGGAGGUGAUGCGGCGCCCUCAGGUGGACAAGAAGGGCAGAGCUGUGUCCUGGAGCUUCACUGAGGAGAACAUCAUCAGGGAGUUUAACCUGAACGAACUCUAUCAGAAAUCCAAGAAGAUCAUCAAGACCAAAGGAGACAAGGUGAGCCCGUCCCAGUUCCCCCCGUUACCCGAGGAGGAGGAGCCCGAGCAGCCUGGAACCGACUUCCAGGGGAAGGAGUCUGAAUCCAAGAAGGACAAAUAAGAUGAUUUGUAGCUCUCAGCUUGGACUUGUGGGUGAAACGUUAUGGUCCAGGUCAGCUAACUCCCCUUCCAGCUUGUUCUCAUGCUCCUUCUCUAAGUCUUCAGUUUGUCCACUUAUGAAUCUGCUUUUCAAACGACCCGGACACGAGAAUGAACGGCAGAAAUACGGCGUUCAUGUUGAUGUUGAGUGAAAACGAAACCUCCUUUAAUCCAGUAACUGAACACUGGUUUCAGCCAAAAUAACUACUAAUAAUAACCCACAGUGUUUUCCCUUUAAAAGGAACUAAAGAACAAGCAACAGGCACAUUUUAAUGGAGGAGGAAACUGUCAAGUCAGCCAGCUUUUGAUGGAGGUAAACUUCUGUAGAAGGUCAGCAUCAGACCUGGAACUGUGCUCUGUUUCUGCAGUAAGUCUGACUGACCGCUAUAGGAGAAGUGGAUGUGGUGAUUGUCCGUUUCUGAUUUAGAUUUUUAUGCUACUGAUUUAAUUUAGAUUUUUUCAUUUUUUUAAAUUGUGAUUUUAACUGUAUACUCAUAUAAACUAAAGGUAUGAUUCAGCGGGACACACAGACAUUCAUUGCCGUGUUAAACUGUAGAAUGAACACCUCAAAAUGGGAGCGCGCCACACGCACGAACACCGCCGACUAGUGGUGUUUCUACAAUCUGUUCCGUUAAUCUUCACGUCUAAAUGUGCACUCUGGUCGCGUAAAAGUUGCACCACUAAUCUCACUAGCUAGGACCUGGUAACGUUUCUGUAUCACCUCCAACACGCCACACGUCUGAACAGUCACGUUAACGCAGGGGUGUCCAACUCACUCUAGUCCAGGUUCCACAUUCAGUCCAGUUUGAUCUCCAGUGGACCAGACCAGUUUUACUAUAUGAUCAAAACGACAAAAGUCAGAUUAAAAAAGACAAAAAAUAAGAAAAAGUAUUACAAAAAUGAGACAAACGACACAAAAUAAAAGAAAAAAGACAAAAAACUAGACAAAAAAGCAACAAAAAAAUGGCUAAACGACAAAAACUAGACAAAACAAAACGACACGCAAAAUAAUGAAUAAAGCAAAAGACAAAAUGACCAAAAUAAGACAAAACCACAAGCGAGACGAAAAGGAAACAAAACAACAAAAACAUGAGAAAAUAUUACAAAAAUGAGACACAAAAUGACAAAAACAAGACACAAAAUGACAAAAAAUAUGACAAAAAAGUUACAAAGCGACCAAAAAGUUACAAAGUGCCAAAAAAAUGACAAAUGACAAAAACGAGAUGAAAAGGAAACAAAACAAUAAAAAGACGCAAAACGACAAAAAAUUUGACAAACGAUACGAAACAAAAAAUUUGACAAAAAAGUUACAAAGUGACAAAAAAUGACCAACGACAAAAAUGAGGCAAAAAAACACAAAAUGACAAAAACGGCACACAAAACAACGAAUAAAGCAAAACACAAAAUGACAAAAAUGAGACAAAAAUCACAAGCGAGACAAAAAGGAAACACAAAACGACAAAAAUAAGAAACAAAACGACAAAAACAAGAGAUAAAAGACAAAAAGGACAAGAGAUAAAAACGAGACAAAAUAUUACAAAAAUGAGACACAAAACGACAAAAGAACAAUGAACAAUCUAGUAUUUUACUUUAGGAUCAAAACAACUUGUCAUGGUCUAGAAAUGAUUUUAAAUUUAUAGUUUUACUAAUUUACAAUCUGCAGUUAAUGUCUUCUGUGGAAUUUUUACACUUUGAGGGCCGGAUUGGACCCUCUGGAGGACCACUUUUGGUCCGCAGGCCGCAUGUUGGACACCCCUGUGUUAACGGAUAGACACGCACAUGCAGCGUUACUCUGAGUUGUGUGAAGUGAUUUGAACGACUUUCUAGAAGUCUACAUCACCUUUUUCAUGCCCUUUGCUCUGCAGUUUGAAAUGUUUAAAUGGACGCGAACAGAUUAAAGAUUCACGCGACUCAACAGUAAUGAAUAGAAUCUAACAGGAGCUUUCUUCCAGAGGUGUGAAGAAUAUUAAUGGAAAAUUGACCAGUGUCGUUAUUUUUACGGAUUGGUGAAUCCAGAAGUGUUCCAUGUCCCAUGCUUGAAGAGUCCAGUUUUAGCUACAACAUGGAAUGAGAAGUUAUUACUCGCAGUUCCCUCAGCAGUGAGGGAGAAAAUCCAAUCUAAUUCAUGUUUAGACUUGGGUAGCAAGGUUUAUUUCUUUCAUUUAGAAUUUUCUAACGCUUAAAGGUCCCGCUGAAUGAAGAUAUACAUCAGUUUUAGUCAUGCUAGCAGCGUGGCUCUGGGGACGGUAAAGUCAGUUUGUACAGAAACUCCUUUGAAACCAUCAUCAGUCUUUUCAUCCUGUCGGCCUCAGCUGAUGCUCAGCAAAGAUGGGGGCCCUGGUAAACAACAAGCUGCUGCUCAUUUCUGUUUCUGCAUCCUUGCUUCCUCUCUUUGAGUCUUGGUUCCUACCACCAGUGAUGCCAGCAGAAUGUUGGAUGUGUUGAACAAGCUGAGCCGUCCUCGCCUCGGAGCAGUCGUUUCAAAGCAACCGUUAAAUACGACUGGUCCAAGUUUAAGUCCCAGGUUCCUGCUGUGAUUUAUUAUCUCUGUCGGAUGAACAGAACAGUGUAGAAUGUAGUUAAAUGACAACGUAGUGCAAUGUGACAACAGUGUACAGAUGUACAUUUUCAUUUAUUUAACACGUGCUGUAAUUUAGAAAUAAAAGUUGCUACACAAAAGACUACUAUUCAAAAUACUGAGAGACUUAAAGUGCUUUUCCACUAGUACCUACUCGACUCGACUUGGUUUAGGUGGUUUUCCAUUCCAGUUGAGUACCACCUCAUCGUGGGUGGAGUCUUCAUAGCAUGGCGGCCCGGAACUCCCUUAACGUUAUUUGUGUGCGACACAAACGGGUUUGGUUUUGGUGAAGGAGUCGCUCUCGUGUUGUCACUCCCUGUCCAAUCAGUGUCCUGCACUCUGUAGACGUCGCAUUAUCGGAUCCACUGGGAACCCCGGCCCAGUAGGAACUAAACAGUACCAGGUACUAUGUCCUGAUGGAAAACCUCACAAACCCAGUAGAGUCAAGACGAGUAGGUGCUGGUGGAAAAGCGCCAAUAGAUGAUGAAGAGAGAUUUACAUUUAUACACCAGUUUGAUGGUGGUACUCCCAGCAUACUGUCAGAGACACAGAAGACACUUCCUGUGAAUUCUGACUCAGAGGUCCUCCUGUCUUCUCACUCCUUGAGAUGCAUUUUAGGAAUUGAGACGUCCUUUAAGGUGCUGCACUGGCAUCAGUUUGUGGGUCAGAAGCAGAAGGACAGAGGAGAUGAGAUGAUGAUGCAGGAGAUGGUGAACAACGAGGUGUAACAGACUUGAUUUAGCAUGUUGACAUUAGCCUCAGACCUGCAGGCCUGAACAUGGACUCAUCCACAACCCCAACUUUAUUUGAAGUGAUCCCUCAGCGGGUCCAAGCAGAGUUUUGGGAAACUGAUUGCCAACAUAGAUACUAAAGUCAGUGUUAACUGGACCACACCCAAAGUUGAACCAUUGUAUUUAGGUCUGUGGACAGAUCCAGAAAGCAUCAAAUGACAUCAGACUCCUUCAUUAAACAGCACUGAACCAAUCCUUUCUGAUGUAGACCUGUUUAAAGAUGAACUGAGAGCUUAUUUUCAGACGAUGAGAUGACUUCACAUUCCAGGAUUAUCUGACACAUUUUUAAUAAAUUGCUUUUACAAUAUGAAUUAUCACUAUGACUGUUUGGUGGCGAGCUGCUGCUUUUGCUCUUUUUGAUCAAAUAAAAAUAGUUUCAGAGGCAUUUGUCAAGAUUUUUUAAACAUUUUAAUGCUGUUAGAUUUGCAUUUUGAAGACAUUCCUUGUGUUAUUAUUCCACCUGUUCUUUUGUAUUGUGUUUAUGUACAUAUAUUUUGAAUUAGAUUCUACCUGUGUCAUGUCCAUUUCAUUUCAGCUGCUUCUAGACUGUGUUUCUGCUCCUGGAUGAGUUGUUGUCAAAGAAAAGUCUGGUCUGUUUUCUUAUUCAUGUAAUAAAACGAUGUGCACAUGAA